UUUCAUGUUAUGAAAGUGCAAUAGUCAGUACCUGCCGUGACGCACAUGCGGUGAGUACUUUCAUUCGCAUUAAAGCUGUAGCAGAGAAAACGCAUACACGGUUUUAUAAAUCAGAAAUUGUUCUGCAAGUGGUUCUGAAUUAAACGGUAUUGAGAUGAACUGUAAAUCAGGUACCAAAGCUCAAGAUUCUGAUUAUCGUCUUCAACCCGGUGGAGGAUAUUGUUUCCAUGGGUGGUCAGGAAAGCCCCAAGGUCCUAAACAUCAUAUUCCAUCCCCGCCAGAAGGAAAAGACGAAUUCAGUGAAUGGAAGGAUUGGAUGAAAGAUUAUUUGAAGGAAAAAAAUGAGGAAGAAAAAAGUUCAGUUGUGCCCCAAGUUUUACCUAAAAGUCAAGAUGUCGCUUGGAAUACUCACGUCCAACAAGCAAGAGAAGUUCAAAGACAGCGAGCCAAUGAUCUAGCAAAUGCUAUAGUGAGCUCAAAACAGGCCAAAACGGCAAAAAUGUUCCAGCAACGCUUUGAGAGAUCAGAAAAAUUUGCUUUGGUUAGCGAGCCUGGUGACAAAAGACCGAAUCUUCCUUCUCUUAUUGAGACGAAAGCAUUUGCUGAAGAAGAUAUGACAACUUUAAAUGUAACACAUGAACACGAAUCAGCAAAAGAAGUGGAAAAAGAAAAAAGGAAAAAAACUGAGGAGGAAUCUGUUGAAAAUGUCUCUGAUGAUGUUGCCGACGGUGUUCUCCCAUUACAUCCCCCCUUACCGGACCAUCUUUCAUUUUUAAAUAUUCACCCAAGUAACGAUGCUCUUUUGGUCAGUCCCCAACCAUGGAAGUUGAAGACCGACCCAUUACCUCCCCCACCUCCUGUCAAAAAUUUUAAUCGUUCUCCAAAAGGAUUUGUUGGUUCAUAUGUAACAUCGUACUAUUGAAUAGAAAAUUUUAAUACAUGUAAUAAUGACUGGUAACAAUUAAUAAACUACUUUAUUUUAUAGCUGUAA